AUGACUACGAGCAACUCAAACGUAAGAAUUGAGCGGGACUCGAUGGGCCAGAUGGAAGUGCCCGCGGACGCCCUUUACGGGGCAUCCACCAUGCGUGCGGUCCUUAACUUCCCCAUCAGCGACCUGCGCUUCCCCCUCACCUUUAUCCGGGCCCUUGGCUUGAUAAAGCAGUCUGCGGCCAAGACCAACAUGUCUCUAGGGGCGCUUGAUGAGUCUCUCGGCGCAGCAAUUGUCGAAGCUGCCCAAGAGGUGAUUGAAGGCAAGUUCGACGGCCAUUUUGUUCUGGACGUCUUCCAGACGGGCUCAGGAACUUCCACCAACACCAACGCCAACGAGGUAAUCGCCAACCGGGCCUCCCAGAUUAUGGGAGGAGAUUUGGGGUCUAGACUGGUUCAUCCCAACGACCAUGUCAAUUUGGGCCAGUCUUCCAACGACGUCAUUCCCACGGCGAUGCACCUUGCGGCGCUGCUGGCCAUCAAAGAGGAUCUGAUUCCCGGCCUCGAGUUCUUGCGGGACGAAUUACAGAAGAAGUCUGAUGAGUUUUGGCCGGUGAUCAAGACCGGGCGCACCCAUCUUCAGGACGCUACGCCUGUCCGGUUGGGACAGGAAUUCCUGGGUUAUGCGGGGCAGGCCGAAAACGGCAUCCGCAGACUUCGCCGGGCCCAAGAUGCUCUGGCGGAAGUGGCUCUUGGCGGCACAGCCGUAGGGACCGGAGUAAACACUCACCCCGAGUUUUCGGCCCGCACCUGCCAGACUCUAAGCGAGGUUGCCGGCGUAAGUGUCCGUGAAACCGACAAUCACUUUCAGGCCCAGUCCACCCUAGAUGCGGUGGUGGAGGCCAGCGGGGAACUAAAGACCAUUGCCGUCAGCCUGCAUAAGAUUGCCAACGACAUCCGGUUCAUUGCCUGUGGGCCGAGGGCUGGCCUUGGUGAAAUUACCCGUCCCCGAGGUGCAGCCGGGUAG